AUGGGUGGCGCUUUUGUUAAGCAUGGUGGUGAUCUUAGAUGGCGAUGGGCUUUCAUCACCAACUUUCCCCUUUGCGCCCUUAGAUAUAUCCUCGCCACUCUCUUUAUACGGCUCAAUGCUGUGUCCCUAAUAACUCUUGCCCAGAAGCUAAAGUCUAUGGACUGGAUUAGCGCUGUGCUUUUCCUAGGCAUGCGAACCCUCACCCCCGUCAUCGUAGGUCUCGCAGGGGUGGUCGUCUUUAUCUUCUUAGCAUUAUAUUACACCUCCUUCUACUGCAUGUCAGCCCGAGGUUCUACGACAACACGUACAGGUAUUAAAACCUUCCCAGCGCUUUUCCUUAUGGUACCCGGCUCCAUCGUCGUCGCUCGUCUGACUACACGCGUGGGUCGUUUCCGAUGUGCUAUCUGGAUCAGAUGGGCGAUGACUACGCUUGGCUGUGGCCUGCUUUUAUUGCUUAACUUGCAUACCAAGUACGUUGUUCUUGCCGCGGCGCUGACAGUCUUUGGAAUUGGUUCUGGGAUGGUGCUCACGAGCGUCAAUGUGGGCAUUCAGGCCAUUUCCAAGGUCGAAAAUUGCUCGAUGGCGGCGAGUAUGUACGGGUUCAUGCGAAGCCUAGGCAUGCCGCUUGGUGUUAAACUGAGUGGUUCCAUUGCGCAUGAUUCGGAGCGAUACAUCCACGUUCUGCGGACCAUGGAGAUCGAUGAUCUGAAGCGGACUGCCAUCCUUGAGUCGUAUCUACACGGCUUCUGGUGUGUAUUUUUUGUCAUGACGAUCUUUUCUGCAAGUGCUCUGUGAGUUUCUCUCUUCAUUAGGAGGUUUGACAUGAACAAGACGCUCCAGAGUAAGUUAUCAACUAGGUCAUGAACAACCGAUAGGGUAUUAGUGGACGGGAUUGUGGCCGCACAUAUUAUGGUGGCAUGAAACUGCUAUUAUAUCCCG